GGACGCUUCUCAAUUUCUUAGGGAUUUGCUUUUUGGAUGAUGAGAACCUCCCCUUUCUUCUUCUCCAACUCUCCUGCCAUAUUUUUGGCACUGGUGUAGUAGGCAGUUUAACAAGGGCCUCAAAUUCGAUACGGCCAUCUACGUAACUGCAAUCAUGACUGCUGCAACGUCAGUCGGUUUAGAAAAAACUGACGUAGAAAACUGUGAGGAGAAGAAAGCUAAGCUAUCAUUUAAGCGGAGGGCAAUAAAUGCCUCCAACAAAUUCAGGACUUCCUUUGGCAAGAAGAGCAGGAAGAACGGUAAGGUCACUUCCGUUGUUGUGGAUGAGCAUGAUGCAGAAGAAUUGAAGGCAGUUGACGCUUUUCGUCAAGCUUUGAUCUUGGAAGAACUAUUGCCUGCAAAGCAUGAUGACUACCACAUGAUGCUAAGAUUUUUGAAGGCUAGGAAAUUUGAUAUUGAGAAGACUAAGCAAAUGUGGGCUGAUAUGAUCAAAUGGAGGAAGGAUUAUGGCACAGACACCAUAAUGGAGGAUUUUGAUUUCAAAGAGAAAGAGGACGUCGUCAAACACUAUCCUCAAGGACACCACGGAGUUGAUAAGGAUGGAAGACCCGUCUAUAUUGAGCAACUUGGUAAGGUUGAUGCUACCAAGAUCAUGCAAGCCACAACCCUCGAGCGUUAUGUCAAGUACCAUGUGAUGGAGUUUGAAAGGACCUUUAUUGACAAGUUCCCAGCUUGCUCAAUCGCUUCAAAAAAGCACAUUGAUCAAAGCACCACCAUUCUUGACGUACAAGGAGUGGGACUGAAAAGCAUGAACAAAUCUGCUAGGGAACUUAUCCAGCGUCUCCAGAACAUUGACGGUAACAAUUACCCCGAGACUCUCUGCCGCAUGUACAUCAUCAAUGCGGGCUCUGGAUUUAGGCUCUUGUGGAACACAGUGAAAUCCUUCCUUGAUCCAAAGACCACCUCUAAGAUUCAUGUUUUGGGCACCAAGUACCAAAGCCAGCUCCUGGAAAUGAUUGAUGCCAGUGAACUUCCAGAGUUCCUGGGUGGUACCUGCACCUGUGCUGAUAAAGGUGGUUGUAUGCGCUCAGACAAGGGCCCAUGGCAAGACCCAGAGAUCAUCAAGAUGGUCCGUAAUGGUCAGCACAAAUGUUCAAAGAAUGCCAUCCAAGAAGAGAAGGUCAUUGCUGAGGACCAGCCUUCAAACAUGAAAAGUUGUGUUUCCAAGAAAGAUACUGAAUCUCCAAAAAACCAGGUGGACAUCAAGCAGCCAAGUCUCCCUCCAGUUGUGGAAGAAGCUCAGGUAAAACACCACCACCUAGCCGCAGGUGAGACAAAUGACUAUCCACCCAUGGUUGACAAGGUUGUAGAUCGUGCAAAACCAAAACAGAAGUUAGCCAUCCCCAAAAAUACAGAUUAUCAUCCAAUCCAUAAUGCUUGCAAAUCUAGUGAUGGGCUAGGCAACCAGCUGCUUACAGGUAUGAUGACCUUGGUGAUGGGAGUUAUGACCAUGGUCCGUAUGACACACAACAUGCCCAAAAAACUUAUAGAUGCGACACUCUAUUCUAGUAGCAUCCAUGAUGAUGACAAUAUGGUAAAAAGACAUCCCAGUCCUUAUAAGUUGAAAGCACCUGCCGUCUCCCCUGUUGAGUACCUCAGCAUGAUGAAGCGUUUGGGAGACUUGGAAGAGAAGGUUAUUGUCCUCGACAACCAACCAGUGGAGAUGUCCCUAGAAAAGGAGAACAUGCUUAAUAUGACUUUGUCUCGUGUAGAAGCCUUGGAGAUUGAGCUUGCUGCUACCAAAAAGUCUCUUGAGGAAUCCCUUCUCCAACAACGAGAGCUCGUAGCAUACCUUGAGAAGAAGAAGAAGAAAAAGAAGAGGUUUUUCCGUUUCUAAACAUGGAAUCGAAAGCAAAGAAGACAUCAAAAGUAAGGCGAUAUGAACCAAUUACAGGAAGAAAAGGAAAGUGAGAACCGUUUUAAAUGGCGAUGAUGUGGAUUUUUGAGGCCCUGCAUUUUGUGAAGGUUUGUUUUAGUAAAGAGUUCAAAGCUGUGUAUAAAUACUUCAUUAACAUUAUUUGCUAUUCUUCCUUAUACGUCUGUGUGUACCUUUCGAAUAAUGUUCGAGAUUGUUUCUUCGUAAAUUCUUGUAUUACUCCCUUUGCUCCGCCGGAAUUUGAAAGGUUUUGUUAGUUCUCCGUUACAAAAAAA